AGUACAGUGUUUAGUGUGUAUUGAGUGAGCACACACAGACUCUCUCUCUCUCUCUCUCUUUUGAAUAAUGCAGAGCCGACUUGAGCUCCACGCGCCACCGUAACGAACUAAACCGAAGUUUAGAGAAAAAAAAAUCAUGGGAUGCGCGGCGUCGAAACUCGACAGCGAGGACACUGUCCGGCGGUGCAAAGAUCGCCGCCGUCUGAUGAAAGAAGCCGUCUACGCUCGCCACCACCUCGCCGCCGCUCACUCCGAUUACUGCCGAUCGCUUCGUCUAACCGGAUCCGCUCUCUCCUCGUUCGCCGCCGGCGAGCCUCUCUCCGUAUCCGGUCAAACUCCCUCAGUGUUCCUCCACCCUCCUCCUCCUCAACAACAGUCUCCCGCCAAUCUUAUCCCUCCACGUGUCCCUCCUCCUCAACAACAAUCUCCCGCCAAUCUUAUCCCUCCUCUUCUGAAGCUGGAGCAGGCUCCUCCUCCGAUCAUCAUCGCCAAUCGACAACGAAGGAAACAGCAAAACAAACCUAAGGUGCCUCAUAUACUCUCUGAGUCGUCGUCUCCUGUGAGUGAGAGAUCAAAUCUCUUCCCGGAAGCGUACCAGAACUCGACUUACUCAGCUACUCCUUCCCACGCCUCUUCCGUCUGGAACUGGGAGAACUUCUACCCUCCCUCUCCUCCCGACUCCGAGUUCUUCGAUAAAAAGGCUCAAGAGAGGAGGAGGAAACAGAAGAAGCCAGAUAAUCCGUUUAGCGAUGAUACCGAGACGACGGAGAGGUCGUCAGAGUAUGACUUCUUCAAUCCGAGUACUAAUAACAAGAAGAAGAAACAGUUUGAAUCAAUGGAUGAAGAAGAGACGGAGAGAGAGGAGGUGCAGUGUAGUGAAUGGGACGUUCACGAUCAUUACAGCACUACCAGCUCCUCUGACGUCACUGAAGAUGACAAUUUGGAGUCGAUCUCCGAGAUCGGGACUAAUCACCAAGAACCUUCUUCACCAAUGCCGCCACAGCAGGAACACGGCGGCGGCAUUGGAGAAAGAAGAUAUCAUCAUGAUAAAGCUGAUGAUGGUAGCUAUAGAGGGGGAGGAGAGAUGGUGGUUAGGCAUAGAGAUUUGAGAGAGAUCGCUGAUGCGCUCAAGGAGAAUUUCGAUAAGGCGGCUGCUGCGGGUGAGCAAGUGUCUCAGAUGCUUGAGCUAGGUAGAGCUCAGCUUGAUAAGAGUUUCGGACAGUUGAAGAAAACUGUGAUUCAUUCGAGUAGCUUACUAAGCAGCCUGAGCUCGACUUGGACCUCGAAGCCGCCGUUAGCAGUUAAGUACAGGCUAGACACGACGGCUUUGGAUCAACCAAACAGUGUCAAGAGCCUUUGUUCCACUCUUGACCGUCUCUUGGCUUGGGAGAAGAAGCUCUAUGAUGAAAUCAAGGCUAGAGAAGGUGUGAAGAUUGAGCACGAGAAGAAGUUAUCACAACUUCAAAGCCAAGAGUAUAAAGGGGAGGAUGAAGCUAAGCUAGACAAGACAAAGGCCUCUAUAACGAGGUUACAGUCACUGAUCAUUGUUACAUCUCAAGCUGUUACAACCACAUCUACGGCUAUAAUCCGUCUUCGUGAUACCGACCUUGUUCCUCAGCUUGUUGAACUAUGUCAUGGCUUUAUGUACAUGUGGAAAGCUAUGCAUCAAUACCACGAGACACAGAACAGCAUCGUGGAGCAAGUUCGAGGGCUCAUCAACAGAUCAAACAAAGGCGAAUCAACCUCUGAGCUACAUCGACAAGCUACACGUGACUUAGAAUCAGCUGUCUCUUCUUGGCACUCCAGUUUUACUCACGUGAUCAAAUUCCAGCGUGACUUCAUACACUCGGUUCACGCAUGGUUCAAACUGACCCUUUUUCCGGUUUGCCACGAAGACGAAACAGCCAAAGAACCAACGGAUGCUUACGCCUUCUGCGACGAGUGGAAACUCGCUCUGGACCGUGUCCCCGACACGGUAGCAUCCGAAGCAAUCAAAAGCUUCAUCAACGUGGUGCACGUGAUAUCCGCGAAGCAAGCAGAUGAACACAAGAUAAAGAAGAGAACAGAGUCAGCAUCAAAAGAGCUGGAGAAGAAAGCUUCGUCUCUUAGAAACCUAGAAAGGAAAUACUACCAGUCAUACUCAAUGGUCGGUGUCGGUAUACCAGAUACAGGACCUGAUAACCAACACAUGUUAGACUCUAGAGACCCGCUAAGCGACAAGAAAGCGGAGCUUGAGGUUUGCAGGAGGAGAGUGGAGGAAGAAAUGGUGAAGCAUUCAAAGGCUAUAGAAGUGACAAGAACCAUGACUUUGAAUAACUUGCAGACAGGGUUGCCUGGUGUGUUCCAAGCUUUAACAAGUUUCUCUGCUUUGUUCAUGGAGUCUCUUCAAACGGUAUGCACUCGCUCAUACUCUAUCAAAUAGGACGCAUUAUAUUAUAUAAUGUAUACAUAGCUUCUUCAAUUCUUAUAAUUUUGAAGUACUGUUACUACCAAGGAUUGGUUAUUUUGUGAGGGAAGGGUAAUAAUAAUCUAUGUUGUGAUU